AUGGCAUCCUCGCUCCGCAUUGGCCCCCCUUUCCGACACGGUCUCCAAUACCUCCCUAUAAAACGGUCUCGCAAUUUGGCAACUCCACGGAUCGCGCACAGCAUUGCAUCGAAUAUUAGCCGUAACGGCAGCGGUUUACCAUUUCAACCAAGCGCGUUGAAGAUAAAUUACAUUCAAAAAACGGCUAAAGCCGCUCAACGCCAACUUCAACUCCGCGCAUACUCCCACUCAACCCCGCUCAAAACACCGACAGCAGAUAACUUAAUCGAAGAACUAGAAGAGCUUUACGUAAUAGCCAAAGAUCUGUUUGAAACCGCGUCUAAUUCCACCGGUAAGCAAGCAAUCUUUGCUGCGUCUGACCGGGAGUCUUUGCGUGAUGCGUUGGAUCAGCUUGUUACUGUUUAUGAGCUUUACACGACAGGCGAGAAAGGCACUGAGAUGAGUGGGGGAGAUGGUGCAACGGAGGCGGGACUGCCGGGUCCAAUCGUUAGGACGAACUUUGAUGCGGGCAGUAUCUCCGAUACUAUGAUGGGGGACGUUGAAAAAAGGUUCGGGCAGAAGGUUUUUGACUUGAGGAAUGCAGUUGAGGCUCUUGAAAUGAAAGCUCGGGAGGAUUGA